AUGUCAAUGUAUCCACAAUAUUUGCGCGGGCGCAAAGCGCUGCCGCUGGUGGCUAGAGCCAUCAACAGCCGUACUAGACUGGUGGCACCGGCAGCUGCAUCAGACCGUUACGGGGAAGCGAGGAGCUCCAGCGGAAGCUCGGCAGGACUAGGACUGGGGUUAGGUUUUGCCCUGACCCUUGCCGCGUGGGAUGACCGAAGUACCUGCGACGGAGAGAAAAUCGUCUGGGUGGAUGCUCACGGAAAGAAGGUGGCGGUUCACCAAAAAGAACGACCGCAUUCCCCCGAAGAGGCCGGCCGAUCAGACCUCUCCAAGCCGAACAGGUACUUUCCGUACGUGAUUCUGGGGUGCGGGGUGGCAGGAAGAGCCGCCCUCGCCGCCCUCCUAGAGCGUGACCCGUUGGCCAAGGUGCUGGUGGUGGAUGCUCGUGAGGACGCAAGCCUAAACGCUCCCAACUUUCGUACGGACAGCGGAGGUGGCGGUGGCGGCAUACCAUCAGCGUGGAUGUCGAGGAGGGAAACCGCCGCUCCUUCUUCGGCGGGAGCAGGGGUUGAGUUCGCAGUAGGGGCGAGGGCGAUCGCCCUCAACGCCGACCUUGGGCAGGUGAUACUCUCGUCGCCACGGCCGCCGCCUCUGGCUUCUACGGCCGCCGAGCUUUCAGAGAAGGGGGUCCCUAGUCACAACAGCACCAGAGACACACAAGAGUCCGUACCAAAUUCAGCCGGCGAGAGCGGCAACGUCCAGGCAGCAGUGGCAUCGUCGCGAAAGCAGGAAGUUGUGGCGUUCGGGCGUUGCCUGGUGGCGCUGGGGUCGAGGCCCAGACCACCACCCCCGGGGUUCAUCGAGCCCGCAGCGAGGGAGCACGUGACGUUGCUGGGGUCGAGAGAAGGGGCGGGAAGGGAGGAGUUGAAGAGAGAGGUGGCUGCUGGGCGGGCUGUGACCAUCGUGGGGUCCUCCUGGCAGGCUUUGGAGCUGGCGUGCUGGAUCCAGGAAGGGCGAAGCGGUGCUGGUGCUGGUGCUGCGGCGGCAGACAACGGGUCCGGGAGAGGUGCGGGAACCUGCCGCAUGGUGUUCUCCGACUACGCUCCCCUCGACCACAUCCUCCCCCGUUACCUCUCGGUUGCCCUCCUGCGCCGCUUAAACCGAAAGCACAUAAAGACCGUGGGACACAGCUCGUUGCGGUGGGUGGGAUCCGCGAACCAGCGAGCUUUCACUCCGCCGCUACCUCCACCGUCGGAGCUAGAUUCCGGAACCUUGGCGAUGGACAGGGGCCCCGCAGAUGAGGUAGACGGUGAGGUUCCCGCUGCGGGACCGGGACCUGUCGUGUUACCACGGACUUUGUCCACCACAGGAGCAAGCACACACGAAGUAUCAGCAGCAAAGGGGGAAGGGAGCUCGUCUCAGAAGCAGCAGCAGCGAAGGCAGCGGCGGCUGCAGGUGAUGACCGCGCACUCGUUCGACCACCUCGACACGGCCACCCACUCCACGGACACGGUCGUGCUCGCCGGCGUGGACGUGGCCCCCUUGGACGUCACCCUCGACCUCCACGGCACCCACCGCGGCGGGAGCGGAGACCGUUUCGGCAGGAAGGCCGCUGCCCUAGAGGUGGACAGAAGGCGGGGCGCGGUCGUCGUGAACGCGGAGCUGGCCGCAUCUUCACGAGUCUGGGUGGCCGGCGACGCGGCCUGCUUCCCUUCCCAGGCGCACGGCGGGCGGCGCCUCGUGAUCCGAUCGGCCGACCACGCUCUCCACAGCGGGAGACUCGCCGGGGAGAACAUGGCAGUGGCGUCGGGGGCUGCGAGGGAUGGGGUUGGGGGGAAUGAGGGGGGUCGGAGAUAUCACCACACCCCAGCGUUUGUCGGGGAGGCGCCCUUGGCGGGGGUUAGGAUCGCCAUGCUCGGGGAGUGCGACGCGUCUAUGCCGACUCAUGGCUUCUGGUGGACCAACAGUGCGACCGGGCUAUCAAGGAAAACCACGGUCGCCCACGGCGGCGGCAGCAAACGGCGUGACGCCUCAAGCAGGCGUCGCACGUUCACCAAACGCAGCACGCGAGGUGGCGCCACCGGAACACAACGACGCGCCACCGACCACCAGGAGGACGGGCACCAAGAGGAGGAGGAAGAGGACGAGCACGGCGGGGUCACCCUGGUGAGCCGCAGCACAGCGCGUAAGGAGUUCACCCCUGUGUUUGGAACCGGCGUUGUCUUCUAUUGCAGAGGUUCGGAGGUCAAGGGGGCGAUGCUCUGGGGAUUCCCUGGCGAAGCGACGGCGGCUGCGGCGGCAAUGGGUGGACCGGCGGCAGCACCGGGCGUUUUCGUGGAAGGAGGGGUCAGGGAAGGCGGAGGUUCGCCGACACCGGCGGCGAAUGCGGCCGCGGGAAUCUCGGCCCGCGCUCUCGAUCUGCUGAGGACGAUCAUGGAGCGGAGCUCCAACAUGGAGGCGGACUUGUCCGACGAGAGAGUGAUGCAGGCGUGGCUUCAGGGAUUGUCGGACGCGGCCAGGGUGGUCGCGCAGGAGACCGGCGUCGGACACCUUGCCCCCAUGAGAAGGUCUGUGGCAGGCAGAGUCACCUCGUCUACUCGGAGACCGCCCGGUACGAGGGACGAGUUGAUGUACCAGAACACCUCCAAGACCAGCAGCGAGCAGCGCCGCCUGAGGGCUGCCUACGCGGCGCGAAUCAGGGGCGUGUCGCCGGCAGAUUUGCCACACUAUGGAGCCAGCGGGGCGGAGGCCGAGUUCGACCCAGACAUGAUGGGCUUCUUGUCGCACGGUGAUGUCGACGGAGGCUUUUUUGACGCCGGGGGGAGGGAAGCCGACUCCAGUCCUUGACCCUCGAUCGACUGCUGCUGUCGAUCCAGUACCACCUUGGAAGCACAAGCAGUACAACGCGCAUUGGCUUUUCUGCUCGUGUGCAGCGGUGGUCAUUCUGCAACACCCUUGUCUUGUUGUCGAUUUUUUUUUUUUCUUUUGAUUGCGUCGAUUCUGGAAGUCUGGGUGGUCUGAACGCUGCUGGGUGUGUGCGCACAAGCCAGUAUCACACCGCAGGAGUCCUGUUUACGGCCGACUAGUUCAUAUUCUGCUUCAGAACCCUCCCCGGAGUUGUCGAAUGAGUUGCUCUAGCGUGUCUCAAGCAGGACAGAAAUUGUGGAAGGACGUAAAGGCUGUGAAGUUGGGAUUUUCGCCGGAGAUGGUAUCAAGUUUCGGGGUGUAGUCUUUGCGGUGCAGGUGAUUUCUCGCCUAGCUGUGUUGUUGUGCGACACCUUUUGCUGCCUCGCAAACGGAAGCGAUACGCGCGUUGCUCCUCGAUCAGUAGCUGGCAUGACGUACCCACCUGGUCAGCAGCCACUUUGCGUUGCAACUCAGCCUGCGUUGACGGGCACAGGCCUUGUACCCCCUGUUCGCAUCGUGCGACAACGGUUUUUCUGUCAUGGCUCCAUCGUAAACAUCGUAUGUGUACAUGGGUUUGGCCAUUGUGCGGGGCCCCUUGGAUGGCCUCCCUUCCCCUGACCAAUGAAUUUGGUAGGGCCAGAUUUAGGGUAUUAGGGUGAGGGUGACGUGAUGGAGGAGGUUAGGAUUGACCAUGCUUCAUUGAGUUGUAAAUGCGCUCUUCGCCGUUUUCGAAUCCAAACUACCAUGCCCAUGAAUCGAACGCUCAUCCUGGCCAGGUUUUGUCACAGCUCGCUUACCCUCAACUUUAACACAAACAUUAAUCCGUAUGUCUGUUUCUGGUUUCUGGUUCUGAAGAAGCGCUGCGCCCCGUAGUUCAUUCUAUGUUUUUCU